CAUAUAAGUAGCUCAAGUACUCAACAACCAAGAAUCACCGUUCACAAAACAAACCCCAAAGCAACAAAUGGAUGCCACCGCUCUCCACUCCACUAAAACCGCCGGAAAGCCCAUCAAAUGCCGAGCGGCGGUGUCUCGGAAGGCCGGCGAGCCGCUGGUCAUAGAGGAAGUGAUGGUGGCCCCACCUAAUUCCGGCGAAGCCCGCAUCAAAAUCAUAUGUACAUCUCUCUGUUACAGCGAUGUCACUUUCCUCAAAUUGAAAGAUCCACCAGGAUGCUUUCCGAGAAUUCUGGGCCACGAAGCUGUCGGUGUUGUGGAGAGCAUAGGCGAUGGUGUGAGCGAACUCGUUGAGGGCGAUUUCGUCAUUCCGAUAUUUAUUCCCGAUUGUGCAGAAUGCGAAGAUUGCACAUCCAAGAAGAGCAACCUCUGUUCGAAAUUCCCGUUCACCGUUUCUCCAUGGAUGCACGAUGGAUCGAGCAGAUUCAGUGACCUAAACGGAGAUACGCUAUACCAUUUCUUGUUCGUGUCCAGUUUUGCGGAGUACACGGUUGUGCAUGUUGCUAAUUUAACCAAAAUUGACCAAAGUACCCCUCCGAAUCGGGCUUGCCUUCUCAGUUGUGGAGUGUCGACAGGUGUAGGAGCUGCUUGGAAGUCUGCAAAUGUUGAAGCGGGGUCCACAGUUGCGAUCUUCGGUCUGGGAUCGAUAGGAUUGGCAGUGGCCGAAGGGGCAAGAUUAUGUGGUGCUGCUAAAAUCAUCGGGAUUGACGUAAACCCUGAAAAAAUCGAAAUAAGUAAGAAAUUCGGGGUAACAGAUUUUGUUGAUUCGAAGAACUGCGGUGAAAAACGUGUAAGCCAGAUCGUAAACGAGAUGACUGGUGGAGGAGCAGACUACUGCUUUGAAUGUGUCGGGAAGGCGUCUUUGGUCGAGGAAGCAUAUUCUUGCUGCAGAAAGGGAUGGGGUAAAACGGUGGUGCUCGGGGUUGACCAGCCAGGCUCAAAGUUGACUUUCAGCUCCCAUGAGGUCCUCCACAGAGGAAAAACUCUCAUGGGGUCGUUGUUUGGUGGACUGAAACCGAAAUCUGAUAUUCCAAUCCUCAUUCAACGAUACAUGGACAAGGAACUUGAACUAGAUAAAUUUGUGACACAUGAGGUUGGGUUUGAGGAUAUUAACAAAGCUUUUGAUUUACUUGUGGUGGGGAAGAGCCUCAGAUGUGUGAUUUGGAUGAACAAAUAAAUUUCUUUUUUGCUAUAUAUGUAUAAUAAUAAUAAAUAAAUAAUGUAUCAACUUUUGUUACACAAUCAAUAAUAGAUAAAAUGUUAAUGUUAUAUAUAUACGUGAUGAGGUGUAAUUAGUACAUAAAUAAAUGAUCUGCUAUUAUAUAACACUACACCUAAUAAUUUACACUA